AUGAUGGGAUCAAGUGCCUCUGAGGUCAUCUUUAUCUCUGUCAUUCACAACAUCACUUUGAUGGGCAAGGUGUGGCUCGUUGUGAUGUUCUUCCUCCGUAUCCUGAUCCUCCUCUUGGCUGGUUAUCCUCUCUACCAGGACGAGCAGGAGCGAUUUGUGUGUAACACCAUUCAGCCCGGAUGUGCAAACGUGUGCUAUGAUCUAUUCUCUCCCAUCUCUCUCUUCCGCUUCUGGCUGGUGCAGCUCGUCACCUUGUGUCUCCCCUACGUCGUCUUCAUCAUCUACGUGGUCCAUAAGGUCUCGAAAGGCUUCACCCUGGAUAUGAACCCCAUGGGUCACAUGAAAACUUUCCCGUUGCUCAAGAUCCGCCAGGAACCGUUCAGCAAGACCUCUGUAAACAAGAUGGCUGAGCGAGGGUGGGCCCGGUGCUUCACGGGAGCCUACAUCCUCCAUCUGUUGGUCAGAACAAUGCUGGAGGCAGGGUUUGGGGCAGCUCACUACUAUCUAUUUGGGUUCUACAUCCCCAGGAGGUUCCUGUGCCAGCAUCCACCGUGCACCACCCAGGUGGACUGCUACAUCUCCAGGCCCACUGAGAAAACCGUGAUGCUUAACUUCAUGCUCGGCGGGGCUGCUUUGUCCCUCUUCCUGAACGUGUUGGAUUUCAUCUGCGCCAUCAAGCGCUCAGUGAGGCACAAGAGCAAGAUGAUGGUGGUGGAGAAGAUAUGUGAGGAAGAGCAGUGUUUCCUUUCAGGCAGGGGAGCCUCAAUAGGAAUAGAACCAAACGAUUCACCGGCUAAGCAGGGACAAGAAGCAGAGGCUGGUCACACUGGGAGUUUCCGGAAAAGGCGAGGCAGCAAGGGCUCUUGUGGAGGGCUUGCUUUAGGUCAGGAACCCCCCUGCCUAGAGCGCUCCUCUCUUCCACGCUCUCCAAGAAACCAAGGCUACAACACCAACGGAAACAAUGGCUCUGUUUCCCAAGAGGAUGCACUGGAAAGAAAUGGCAGCGAAGUGGCUCUGUGCCCCCCAGAGCCACCGGGGACACCCAGAUCGAUCCGUGUUAGCAAACGCGGUCGGCUUAAACCGCCACCUCCGCCCAGACGGAACCUUGGGUCUUCCCCCAGGGAGCCAGCAGGGCCCUUUGGAGACGUUUCUGCAGCAAUUUGUGCCAGAAGGGUGGGUCAGUAUACGCUGGUUGAGCUGGGUAGUGGCGCAGAGCUACACACCAAUGAUGAAGAGAAAAGGUCAGAGUGGGUGUGA